GUCAUUGCACGUUGCCUUGCUACCACUACUAUCGCCUUCCCCUGAUCAAGUGAUCAUUGAUCAACAUCCACUUCAAUCUUUCAACCUCAACUUGCCGGAGCGCCGCCGGCCGCCGUCACUCUGCACCCUCUCCUUCGUCUCGGAUACCUCCAUGACGGCACCUUCGAACUCAGCUUCCAUAACACGCAGCAGAGCCAUGCUAGUGGCAUCCGUGUCAGCAUUUCAGCAAGGGCCCCUCCCAUGUCGUGUUAGGUGAUAAUCACUGUCAUUCUCAUCAGCUAAUGAACAAACCAAAAGGCAGCCAUGCACUAACCGGCACCCAACAUCAGUCCACCACUAACCCCCCUGGAUUUGCUUGCUUGUCCUCGUCCUCUUUCAUCGGAUCAUGCUCGGAUUCUUCCUUGCAAAACGCAAAGUGGAAACGCUUUGAUCUAUCCCCUUUUCAGAUGCUUUUAUAGAACAAUUACCUGCAGUUCAGUGAGACAGUGGACCAGGCCACUAUCCGUGGAGUUGCCCUUCUUCGUCACCGGCGACAAGCCAAGCCAUGGGUACCACCGAGCCGCACCACGGCGCCGCCGAUGUCGGCGUCGCGGCGCCCCUGCUCCCGUCGACCGCCGUGGAGCCAGCUCCAGCUCCGCCGCGCCGGAACAUGUUCGCCUUCGUCUGCGCCACGCUCGCCUCCAUGACCACCAUCCUCAUGGGCUACAAUCUUGCGCUGAUGAGCGGGGCGGAGCUGUUCAUGCGUGAGGACCUGGGGCUCACCGACGAGCAGGUCGAGGUGCUGUCGGGGUCCAUGAACCUCUUCAUGCUGGCCUCCAUCCUCGCCGCCGGCUGGGCCGCGGACGCCAUCGGCCGCCGCGGCACCAUCGUGCUCGCCAACGCCUUCCUCAUGGUCGGCGCGCUCGCCAUGUCGCUGGGCGGCAGCUACGCCUCGCUCCUGGUCGCGCGGUUCGUCACCAGCGUCGGCGUCGGGUUCGCCGUCGUCGUCGCGCCCGUGUACGCCGCCGAGAUCGCGCCGGCGUCGUCGCGGGGGCUGCUCUCGUCCCUGGUGGACAUCUUCAUCACGGGCGGGAUCCUCCUCAGCUACAUCUCCAACUACGCCCUCGCCGGCCUGCCGCUGCGCCUCGGCUGGCGCGUCAUGUUCGCCCUGGGCGUCCCGCCGCCGCUGCUCCUGGCCGCCGGCGUGCUCGCCAUGCCGGAGUCGCCCCGGUGGCUCGCCAUGCGCGGCCGCGACGACGAGGCGCGCGCGGUGCUGGAGCGCACCUCCGACACGCCCGACGAGGCCCACGCCCGGCUCGAGGAGAUCAGGCGGGCCGUCGCGGAGCAGGUCGGCGGCGCCGGGGUCUGGAGGGAGCUGUUCGUGGCCCCGUCGCCGAUGGUGCGGCGGAUCCUCACCAACGUCCUCGUGCUCUACUCCUUCCAGCAGGCCUCCGGCAUCGACGCCAUCGUGCUCUACAGCCCGCUGGUGUUCAAGCAGGCGGGCAUCUCGUCCAACAGCACCGGGCUGGCCGCCACCGUCGCCGUCGGGGUGGUCAAGACGCUUUCCAUCUUCGUGGCCACGUUCCUGUCGGACCGCCUCGGCCGCCGGCCGCUCCUGCUCGCCAGCGCGGCCGGCAUCGCCGCCUCGCUCACCGCGCUGGGGAUCACGCUGCUGUGCGCCGGCGAGGCGACGACGGCCGCCGGGGCGGCGGCGUGCGUGGCGUCGGUGGUGGCGUUCGUGACGGCGUUCUCGAUCGGCCUCGGCCCGCUGGCGCCGACGUACGGCGCCGAGAUCCUGCCGCUGCGGCUGCGCGCGCAGGGCAUGAGCCUCGGCAUCGCGGUGAACCGGCUCACCUGCGGCGUCCUGAGCAUGACGUUCAUCUCGCUCGCCAACACCAUCACCAUGGCCGGCUGCUUCUUCCUGUACGCCAGCACGGCUGUGGCGGCGUGGGUGUUCAUCUACGUAAGGCUGCCGGAGACCAAAGGCCGGAACUUGGAGGACAUAGGCGUUCUCUUUGCCAAGUGAUCAUGGUCGUCUCACGCAGUGGUGGAACUGCAAUGAAAAUUUAAGGGGCCGUCAAAUAUAUGAAAUACUUAAUUUUGACCAAAAAUUUUCAUCCGAAACUCAACUUGGUCCUCAAAUUUUCAAAACGAUCAUUUCAGUCCUCAAACUUCUUUAUCUAGUUCAAUUUAAUCCUUUGUCCUAUGUGGCAUGCUAUGUUGGCACGCGUUAUCACUGUUACAAAAGAAAUUAGGAAUUAGUGAUCAAUUCUAUAAUUAAGUAAUUAAUUAGAUUAAUGACAUCAUUAUGAUGUCACUAUGAAGUUACUAUUCAUGAAGGGGUCAUCCCAAAGGGAAAUGUCCCUUGGGCCCUUGUCUCUUGGUUUUGUAUAUAAACACAAUCAAUCAAUAGAGAGGACAACCUUUUCACUUUCA